AUCGCGUAUCCCUACUACAACCUUCACUUUCUUGCUCCUGCUGUUCAUUCAGACAGUAUUGACGUCAAAGUCUUGGAACCGUGCGGCUAGCCCAGCAUGAUAUACAUUGAAAAGCUUCGCGUCAGGCCGAAAAGAAACCAACCGUACAAACAUGUGUGGUCCCCAGUUGGCAGCCAUGUUGGGGCUGGGCAGCAUCAUCGGGUUCCAGGGCAGAAUGCGUGUAAAGAAGCUGCCGAGACCCUGUUCCAUUGCAUGCGACACGGCGCCCCAUCCCAAAAAGACACAUAAGCCCACUAUAACUAUCACCUUGCUCGUCUUGGUAAAAAGAUUCAAUAGAGCUGCUCAAACACGUCUCAAUGAAACAACGUUCCCGUUCCCUAUGAUUUCUCGUACACAUUGCCCUUCGCUCAAG